AUACAUGUCCAACAAAAUCUUAUUAAAGAGCGCACUGAAUGAAAACAGCGUGAAUUGAAGUCGUAUGGGCGCGAUAAGUGGUCACAAAGGAUGUUGUAUUUCCUCCUUAUCCACGCUGCCAAUGUGUUUGUUUGUGCAAUAUGAUUUUUUCCGCUUAUCUUAAGAACACAACUAAAUUGUUUUUUCGAAAUAACUUUACAAUAAUUAUAGAGUGCUCGGUAGUAGCGCAACGACGUUCAAGCCCAGUGGGUAACGGUUUAUUUUGGGCAGCAAGCCUGCAGCGAACAGUGAGAAGUAUGAAAUUGCGCUGUGCAGCAGAUAGUUACUGAUGUUAUUUUAUAUAAAAGAAGCGUGACGUGUCAAAAAAAAAAAAAAAAAUUGUCUCUAAAAAUAUAUGUAUACGGUAUUACGCGGUAGCAACGAAACACGUGAGAACUUAACGCUAUAAAAAUGCAAUGGAUUAACGUGUUGCUAGUGUUGGUGUUGUUGAUUCAACUCAAUGUCAACGCUGCACGCAUCAACGCCAAACCACAUACCAAACAGCAUACGAAAUUUCUAAAAUAUCAGCAGCUACAGCAACAGCAUAAGAAGUUGGGACCACAUGCGGUUGAACGUGCACACAAUGAAGUGACUACAACACACCGGAUACAACGAUUGCAACGAACGGAAGUGCCCCCAUUAGAGUUGCCACAUGAGCACACGCAACAAUUGGCAAUCGACACGCUACAAUGUCCGACCGGUUGUGUCUGUCAGUAUGCGCCUUUUGUCGAGCUGUCCAUAUCACGUUGGAUACAGCACAUGCAAGCGCAACGACCAGGUGCGGAGCCAGUGGACGAUAUUUGGUCGAACGAGCGUGCGAGCAGCAACAGCAAUGAGGCCACAUACGAAAACUUUGAUGACGACGCUAAUGAUGAUGCGUACACGACAAAUCCUUAUAUGAAACAGGCUACUUGUAUACUGCAAGAGGAGAGCGACGUGGAGGACUUGAUACAGAAGUUGCCACACGAUUUGCAUGCUUUGAUAUUGCUUUACACAAGCAGUGGUAGAAAUAAAAGCAUCAAUCUGAGCACGCUGAAGCCACUCAAUCAACUCACCACCUUGGAAGUACGCGGUGGCCUCAAUCGCUCAUUGCGCGUACUCUUCGAUCAAUCGCUGAGUUUUCUACAAUAUGCUAAUUUCGAAUCGGUCACACUGUUGGGUAGUGAAGAUUACAAACGUCCCAAGAAUUCCGUCCAUCCCAAAGAUAGUUAUGAUUACAAGCCGCGUAGUGAGUCGUAUGACGAUUUGGAUGCUUUGGCUUUUGCGCCACUCGACGAUUACGAUGACAAUAUCGUGCCGUAUGAUAUUUACAAACAGGAAUUGAUAAAGGCGCGUAUGCCCACAUUCUACGGGUGGGAGCAUUUGCAAGUGUUGCGCAUACACGGUUGUCAGUUGAACGAAUUGCGUUGGGAGAUGUUUGACGGUCUGACCGCUUUGGAUCACUUAUCGUUGGAACGCAAUGGUAUUACGGAGGUGCCACCAUUCUCCUUCUACGGCGCUCUGCAUAUACAAACGCUGUCGUUGGCGCAUAAUUUGAUACACGACUUGCAUUAUCGCGCUUUAGCCGGUUUGCUGGAGUUGGAAGUGCUGGAUUUGAGCGAUAAUCGUUUGGAUAAAUUGAGUGAGCGUAGUUUUCCACCCUUCCCGAAAUUGGUGCGCGUUGAUUUUCGUAGCAAUCCCAUUAGAAAUAUAUUACCGGCCAGUUUUUGGGUUAUGAAUUCAACACUUUCGAUGCAUUUUGAUUCGCAAACAAUGGCAUUGCGCUUGAAAAACAAUCAACCUUUCGAAUCGUUAGUGGAGCUGCAGGAGUUGCAUAUUGGAAAUGUGUCAGUCGGGAAUUUGGGACAAAAUAUGUUUAAGGGCUUGACAGCGCUGGAGAAGCUGACAUUGCAUGGCAAUAUACGUAGCAUCGAGUUCGACGCCUUCGCCGGUCUACACAAGCUACGCGAACUUGAAUUGAGUCAUUGUGGCAUACAAGAGCUGUCAAUGGACGCUUUCAUCGAUUGUCGUGCGCUGGAAGUGCUAGAUUUAUCGUAUAAUAACAUCUCCUACUUUCCACCUGGCCUACUCGAUGAUCAACCACAUUUGGAGGAAAUCUACUUGCAAGGCAAUCGUUUACGCACACUGCCACACACAUUCUUUCUGCGUCCGAAAUUGCGUUUAGCACGGCUUAACGAAAAUCCAUGGGAAUGUAGUUGUGAGAUGUACAAUUGGCGUCCCAAGAUUACCAAUCAAGUGCGUGGUCCAAGCACGAAACGUUGCAUCACCGAUUAUACGACGGGUAAGCAAAUUUCAUGCCGACGUGUGGAUAGUUACGUCUUUGAGAAUCGCUAUGCGCCACGUUGUAGCAAUCACAACGAACGUAGCGUCUUCUAUGUAAUACAUAAACAAUUGAAUUGUGCUCCUGGACGUGUGGUGCUAACUAAAAAGCAACAACAUGCACAUACGCCACAACAUAACAGCAUAUUGCCAAGGCCGGGUGGUAAACUGCCUGUGCCGCAUUGGCGUAAAAUUGAGCAGAGCAAAUUGAAAUUAAUGCAAAACAAAAACCAAACACAAGUGCAUGCGGUCAGAGUGACAGAUGAGCAGCGGAAAAAGCCAAAAACUGUUAUUGCAUUUACACAGAGGAAUACAUUGACAUAUGCAAUGCAACAAGAACGCUCUAAACGUGUGGAACAUGUUGCAGAAGAAGAAGAAGAUAAUAAUAAUAUUUCAAAUGAUGUAUAAUAUACAAUAAUAUAUAUUAUAUAAAGAAAAAGUAUUUGUUAUACGCGAACAAUGACAUCGUGUGAAUUUAGAAGCGCUAAAGUUUUGGUCUACAAAAACCUGAUAGAUAAGAAGCGAACUUUGGUUGUCUUAAGUUAAAUAAACAACCGAAAAAAAUAAUUGUUAGAUUAUCAUAUUAUUAGUUAGUUAUAUGCAUUAGUUUAAGCACAUACGCAUCAUAAAACCAUUUUAAGAUUUAUAUUUAUACAAAUUUAUAGCGUCUAACAAAAUUUCGAAUAAACUAAUAUCGGCGCACUAAAGUUAAACACCUUUUUCAAUAAUUUAUCAAUAGUCGUGACCAAAUACUUGAUAUUUUAUGUAAAAGACACUAAAGAACAGGUUAAACACGAAUCGGGAGUACAAACUUCGAUUUAAACACUUUAAUCACACAGAAAUAUAUUAAAGAUUAGCACUUUAAUUAAAAAUUUACAAAUAAACACACACAUGCUCAUAUAAAUUCCUAAAAUUAUUGUCAUUAUUUUAAAACUAAAGAAUAUUUAAAACAAAUAAAAUAAAAAUUUCUUUUCCAUAA